AGUGCGUGCUGACGCUGCGUGGGGCCGUUUUCCCUCCUCGUUGACAAAGCUGUGCGGUGGAUGUUGAGCUAAAGCGCUUCCAUCGCUGAACUUUCUGACUCUGUAGCUUGGUCAGUCCGGACGGAAGGCAAACAGAGAGGCGGGUGUCACAUCAGUGUUACAGAGACUUAUGCUGUCCUGCUAGCAGGGCAAGAUGUUCAACAAAUCAUUUGGGACUCCCUUCGGUGGUGGGACGGGAGGAUUUGGCACCUCGUCCACGUUCGGUCAGCAAAACACGGGCUUCGGGACGACGGGAGGCUUCGGCACGUCUGCGUUUGGGGCGACGACAAACACCGGGGGACUAUUUGGAUCCACGCAGAAUAAACCGGGUGGGCUCUUUGGGUCCAGCACAUUCAGCCAGCCAGCGACUUCCUCCACCAGCACCGGCUUCGGUUUCGGCGCAGCGAGCGGCACCUCCACCAGCCUGUUUGGCAACACUGGCACGGGCACCACCGGCGGACUCUUCUCCCAGCAGAACAAUGCUUUUGGCGCCAAGCAAGCCACCUCGUUUGGAAGCUUCGGGACGAGCACCAGCAGCGGCGGCCUCUUCGGCUCCACCAACACCACCUCCAACCCGUUCGGCGGGGCUACGUCCCUGUUUGGAGGUUCGGGGUUCUCCGCCACUCAGCAGCCGGGAACGACUGUGAAGUUCAACCCUCCGACAGGAAGUGACACAAUGGUGAAGGCGGGCGUGACGACGAGCAUCAAUACGAAGCACCAGUGCAUCACGGCCAUGAAGGAGUACGAGAACAAGUCUCUGGAGGAGUUGAGGCUGGAGGACUACCAGGCGGGCAGGAAAGGCCCGACCAACCCGAUGGCGCCGGGAACCGGCAGUCUUUUCGGCCAGGCCACGGCCACGUCCAGUGCCGCCACCGGCCUCUUCGGAUCCUCUGCUCCCAACACCAGCUUCUCCUUUAGCCAGAACAAGAGCACCUUCGGAGGGCCAACUACCGGCGGUUUCGGUGCGACCACAGGCGGCCUGUUCAGUCAGCAGAACCAGCAGCAGGCCGGCAGCCUCUUCAAGCCCUUUGGUCAGACCACCACCACCCAGAGCACCGGCUUCUCCUUCGGCAACACCAACACGAUAGGACAGGCCAACACCAGCAGCAUGGGUUUGUUUGGGAACACGGCGGCGUCUCAGUCGGGCGGCUUGUUCGGCUCUGCUCAGACCAGCGCCGCCACUGGUUUCGGGACAGCCACGGGCCUGUUCGGCCAAACCAACACUGGAUUUGGGAACGUCGGCACUCAGAGUUUAUUCGGUAACAAGACAGCCGGGUUCGGCACCACCACCACCAGCGCCCCGUCCUUUGGCCCCACCACCAGCCUUUUUGGGAACAAGCCCACCCUCACGCUGGGACCCGGAACCAACACUUCCAGCUUCGGUUUUAAUGCCAACCCUGCUGGAGGAGGACUGUUUGGGAACAAGUCCACCACCGGAGCGCUGGGGACUGGACUGGGAACCAGCUUCGGUACAGCAGUCGGCCCCGGGCAGACCCUGUUUGGCAACACCCAGAACAAACUGGGCACCGCGCUGGGAACGAUGGGGACGUUCGGAACAACCGGAUUCAACAGUGGAACGAGCACCCUGGGAUUCGGAGCGACGCAGCCCGUCGCCCUCACAGAUCCCAACGCAGCGGCUGCCCAGCAGGCCAUGCUCCAGCAGCAGCUCAGUGUGCUGGCGUACUCGCCGUACGGAGACUCACCGCUCUUCAGAAACCCACUCUCAGACCCCAAGAAGAAGGAGGAGCGCCUGAAACCAACCAAUCCGACAGCCCAAAAGGCUCUGACCACGCCCACUCAUUACAAGCUGACCCCGCGUCCUGCGACCAGGGUGCGACCCAAAGCUCUGACGUCUUCCGGAGGCUCCAAGUCGCAGCUCUUCGACGGUCUGGAUGACGACGAGCCGUCGCUCACCAACGGAGCCUUCGUGCCGAGGAAGAGCAUCAAGAAGCUCGUCCUGAAGAACCUGAACAACAGUCAGUACAGCAGUCCUCUGAACAAGGAGAGCGACGACCUCGCCUCGCCGUCAGAGUACCCACAGAACGGACACAGCCACGUGGAGGAGGAAGAGGAGCAGCUAAGGAGGGUGGCGGGCCCUGGCAGGCGGGCCGACGACGACCCGGAGGUCACCCAGUUCUACGUCAACCCCAUCGCAAAGCCGAUCCCGCAGGGCCGCGCCCAUGCCAGCCUGCAGGACACCAUCGGCGACCUGAACAUGCACAAAGGCUCGAGGAACGGCCUCGAGGUCAGAACCAGAACACAUGUCGCCGCUUCCCCAAGCGUGUCAUCGCUACCAGAGAACAACCGCCACGAUGACAUAGUUAGGAUAUCAGACGAUGAUCCAGCUGUUGAGCUGAGCAACGACGACGUGUCUGCGUCCUUCGGCGAGGAGUCUCUGCAGGAGGAGCGAGAGGAGGAGCAGCAGCUGUCCCAGCAGUCUCCUCACCCUGCAGGCAUCGUUCUGAACCGCGUGGGUUAUUACACCAUCCCCUCCAUGGACGAGCUCGCCGACAUGGUGGACGAAAACGGGGAGUGCAUCGUGGAGAACUUCACCAUCGGCAGGAAAGGUUACGGCUCCAUCUUCUUCCCCGGCGAGGUGAACGUGUCGGGACUGAACCUCGACGAAAUCGUCCACUUCAGACGCAAAGAGGUCAUCGUGUACCCAGACGACAAGAGCAAACCGCCGGAGGGGGAGGGGCUUAACAGGCGGGCGGAGGUGACUCUGGAUGGCGUUUGGCCGAACGACAAGACGACCUGCACCCAGAUCAGGAGCCCCGAGCGUCUGAGCGACAUGAACUACGAGGGCCGGCUGGAGAAGGCGUCGCGCAAGCAGGGAGCUCGCUUCCUGGAGUACCGACCUGAGACCGGGUCCUGGGUGUUCGAGGUGGCUCACUUCUCCAAGUACGGCCUGCAGGACUCGGACGAAGACGAGGACGUCCCGGCGAAAGCCGACACCAAGAAGCUGAAGACGCUGACGACUCUCCCUCCCUCCCGGCUGCAGCAGCAACAGCUUCCCCCCUCUCAGCAGCAGGUGGCGCCACAGGCUCAGUCCACCGCCGUCAUGGAGCUCCAGGGUGGCGCCAUCGAGCUGGACAGUGACAUGGCCGACAUCACCCAGAGCUUCCCGACAGAGAGCAUGCUGGGAGGAGAGGAAGACAGCGACCUGCUGGCGGGGGAGACGGACACGACGAUCUCCAAGCUUGGGGGUCUGGCCUCCUCAGAGCUCGACGGCGUUUCUGCGUCCGGCCACAUAGCGUCUACGCUGGGGAUCAACCCACACACGCUCCAGAUCAUGAAGGCGUCUCUGUUUGCUGAGGACGACGAUGACACCGACAUGUUCCACGAUCACGCGGCGAUGAAGGUUUCCACGGAUGUCUCGUCUCCUCGCCUCGUCCUGCCGGCCACUCAGGGCCGACCCUCUGUCGGCGGUCUCCUUCAGGCUCGAUUCACCUCGGGCCUCUCUCAGCUGUCAGACUCUCCCCGUCCUCUCCUUCCUCCAUCACGGCCGUCUCCGGCCAGCGUUGAAGCCCCCCGCUCUCUGCAGUGGGCGGGGCCUGGCCCGUCCCCCUUCAUGCUGCCCUCCCGGACUCCGGAGCCUUCGAUUAGGACGGUUGGCGUUCGGCGGCUCGGCGGCCCCGUCCCCCUCAAAGAGUCGAUCACUCACGGGAAGGGAGGUUUGCUCAUGGACACCGGGCUGUUUGCCGUGCGCUCCUUCCGGGUCGGGUGGGGUCCUGGCUGGACGCUCGCUCACUGCGGCAGCCGGCUGAGCUCGCCGACGUCCAAACAGGUCGAGCACCAAGAACUGGCGGCAAAGACAGACUUCAGCUUCCUGCCGAAACCUGCCAGGAGCAAACCACUCACAGAAAGCCCCUACAAGGUGGUGGUGGAGCAGGUGGUGGGUUUGGAACCUCUCAGAGGGAAAACCUUUGAAGAAGAGGAAGAUGAAGAGAGCCAGGCGGUGCUACAGCGCCCCCUGGAGAUCUGCCUGAAGCACAGCAUCGUGGAGGUCUCAGACGGCUCCGCCUGCCCUGCGGUGCGACCGCAGCCCGGCGUGGCGGCGCUGCACGAGUAUGCCGAGUGGAUCGCGGAGCUGAACGACAGACGGGGCGACACUGAGUCGCUGCUGGGCUACUGGGCCGAGGUCUGGACUCUGUGUGAGGCGCUGUGGGGCCGGCUGGGCCCCUCGGAUCAGGAGCCCAAGGCGCCCGGCGAGUAUGAGCAGCAGCUGGAAAGGAGGCGGAGCUUCUCGGCCUGGCUGUCCCGCGGUGCCUCCCGCAGGGUGGAGGAGGAGGUGGCUUUGGCCGGGAAAGAUCGCCACGUCAACGCGGUCUUCAGUUACCUGACGGGAAACCGCAUCAGCGAGGCGUGCCGACUCGCCCAGAAGGAAGGAGACCACCGUCUGUCCCUGCUGCUGUCUCAGGCCGUGGGCUCUCAGUACUGCAGGGACCUUCUCGCCCUUCAGCUCGCCGAUUGGCACUGCAUGCAGACCGACUGCUACCUGCCCGAGGAGCGACUCCGCAUCUUCGCUCUGCUCGCCGGGAAACCGGUGUGGCAGUCCACCGACUCUGCGGUGAACGUGUGCGCCGAGCUGGACUGGAAGCGCUGCGUGGCCGUCCACCUCUGGUUCAUGCUGCCACCGACUGCCUCUGUGGCCGACGCCCUCGCCAGAUACGAAGCCGCCUUUCAGGGCUCGUGUGAGGCCGGGAAGUACGCCUGUGCCCCCCUGCCUCCAUACCUGGAGGCGGAGCAGCCAGAUCUGGAGGAGGAGGAGUCCAAACGGCCGCUGUACGACCUCUGCUUCCACCUGCUCAAACUUUACAGCGACAGACACUAUGGGCUGCAGCAGCUGCUGGAGCCUCUCGCCGUCACCUGGGAGCGCUUGGAUUACCGCCUGAGCUGGCACCUGUGGGGCGUCCUGCAGGCGCUGCACUACACCCACCUGAGCGCCCCACGGCAGGGCCUCCUCCACGCCAGCUACGCCGCGCAGCUGGAGAGCGCCGGCCUGUGGCACAUGGCCAUCUUCAUCCUGCUGCACAUCCCCGAGCACACUCAGAGGGAGCGAGCCGUGAGGGAGAUGCUGGUGCUGCACUGCCCCCUGCAGGAGACGGAGGAGUCGGUCCGCAGGGAGCGCUUCCUGACCGAGCAGCUGCUUAUCCCGGAGCAGUGGAUCCACGAGGCCAAGGCCACCCGAGCCCACCGCGACGGCGACAGGCACCAGCAGGCCCUGCACCUGUCGGCCCGAUACUGGAACCAGUGCCACCGCCUGCUGAUCCAGCACCUGGCCUCAGACUGCAUCAUCAACGAUAACCACGACUACCUCCUGGAGUUCCUGGAGGGUCUGGCGCUCCCCGAGCACUGCGCCACCAUCCAGGACUGGGACACAGCAGGGAGGGUUUACCUCGACUACAUCAGAGUCAUAAAGACUCUGCAGGACAUCCAGCAGAUGGAAAACGCCGGCUACGAGCUGGAGCGUCUCUACACCGACGUGACGUCUCUCUGCAGCAGGAUCGAGCUCCUGCCCUGCCACACCGCUAAAGACCGCCUCGCCCAAUCGGAAAUGGCGAAGCGCGUGGCGAACAUCCUGCGUGCGGUGCUGAGCCUGCAGCAGGGCGAUACGGCUGACUCCCUCAGCAUCCCGCUCGCCCAGCUGGCGCCGCACAUUAGCCGCCUGCCGAUGCCCGAGGACUACACGCUGGAGGAGCUGCGAGGCCUCACGCAGUCAUACCUGCGACAGCUCAUCGUCAGCCAGUGAGAGCGCAGAGCGGGACGAGAAGCUUCGGCUGCUCAAACGUCUCGAAACUGACGCCAUAAAAGAUGAGGCGAGCAGUGUGUGACCUUUAACCCGACGUCUGUCAGUCUUUCAGCUUGUGCUCAGAUUUUAAACCAAACAGGAAGUGACACGAGAUUUGCAGUGACAUCACAGAAACCAGUGAGAGAAAAGGUUCAAAUACUUCCUGAGUGAUCAUCAGAAUUUAUUCUUCCUCACUUUAUGUUCAAUAAAAUAAAACGACCUCGAGCUCAAACGUGAUGACGGGCUGCUGCAGGUUUGAAUCCCUCCACCAGAGUCCGCUCCACCACGCUGACGUUCCUCUGCAGGAACCUCAGGCUGAGGCUGGAGAUGAUUUUUCCCAUUAAACCACCUUCAGUUUAAUCGUUCAGGGUCUUUGUUCUUUUUCAUGCUUUCAUUAGUUUCUCCUGAAACAUCAGGAUCAUUUGAUCAGACUCAAA